AUGGAGAAAGGAAAACUCAUCCAGCCACCAACUUAUGGCAACCUUGUAACUAUUCUUUCUAUUGAUGGUGGAGGCAUUCGAGGAAUCAUUCCGGCUGUUGUUCUCACCUUUCUGGAAUCAGAGUUGCAGAAACUUGAUGGAGAGGAAGCCAGGUUAGCAGAUUACUUCGAUGUCAUUGCUGGGACCAGCACAGGGGGGCUUGUCACCUCAAUGCUGGUUGCACCAAACAAUACAAACAGGCCACUCUUUGCAGCCAAGGAUAUUCAAACAUUUUAUAUGAACCAUGCUCCUAAGAUUUUCCCACAGCAGAGGGGUCCAUUCGGUAGGAUAAUGAGGAUAUUCCGAUCGCUGUCAGGACCUUCCUAUGAUGGUAAGUACCUUCAUGAAGUUGUCAGAAAGAAGUUAGGAAUCACCAGGCUGCAUGAGACUUUAACAGAUGUGGUAAUACCAACUUUCGACAUCAAGCGGCUACAACCUAUUAUUUUCUCGUCCUAUGAGGUUAAGAAUGAGAAGUACAGCACAAUGGAUGCUCUACUAUCAGAUAUUUGUAUCAGCACAUCUGCUGCUCCAACUUAUCUUCCUGCACACUACUUCAAGACAGAAGAUCGCCAUGGGAACACCAAGGAGUUCCAUCUUAUUGAUGGAGGAGUAGCUGCCAAUAAUCCGGCAAGUGCAGAUAUGGUGGAUAUCCAUAUCUCUGCUGUUUUCAAAGCCUUGCAUUCUGAGCAAAACUAUCUGAGGAUUCAGGAUGAUAUUCUACAAGGGACACUGUCCUCUGUUGAUGUUGCGACCAAGGAAAAUAUGGAGAAACUUGCCAGAGUUGGAGAUAUGCUACUAAAGAAACCUGUCUCUCAGGCGAACUUGGAAACUGGCCAUAUGAUGCCGUCUUGUCAUAGGCCAGAGAUGACCAACGAAGAAGCUCUAAAGAUGUUAGUUUUACGUCUACAGCUCCUAUCGUAA